GGUUUACUUGAAGGGUAAGGAUAAGAUUGUUCCCCCUUUUCGUUUUGGCGUGGAAGAUGUUGCAACCAAGAUGUGGUUCCACAAGCUUGCAUAUCCUGGCCAAUGUUUGACUAAUUCUCAUCUGGACAUCAUUUUUUACUAUCUACGUAAAAAAGGAAAGUAUGCAAAGGAGCCAAAGGUUAAGUUCACAACCACCGAUUGCUUAUUCUUCAAAACCAUUCAUGCUUUGUAUGAAAAAUUUAUUGCACAGAAAAAAAAUCUUUCUUUGAUAACUGCCCAGCAUGCCAUUGCUGAUUAUAUAAGAGGUAGAAAAAUGUUAUGUGGUUCCCCUUGGCAUUUGUGCGAUCAUGUUUUCUUUAUCAUCCAUAUGGAGACUGAAUCACAUUGGAUUCUUGGUCGAUUGAAUAUUGAGGAAAGGCGUAUGUACAUGUACAACUCCUUGUCGACUGCUAUGAAAGAUAGUGCUGCUAUCAAAGCUUGUCAGCCAUUUGCGGUGUUGUUGCCCCACUUUUUUGCUUUGUUUGAUGAGUUCAAAAAGGAAAACAAACCGGUUUGUUUAGACCCUUUCGAAGUUGUUAAGGUUGAUGGUUUGCCUCAACAAACCUCGAAUGACUGUGGUUGUUUCGUUGCAUCGUUCGCCGAAUACUUUAUUGAUAUGAAACUGAUUCCUCCCAUAUUUGAUGUUGAGAAACACCGUGAUAGGCUUGCUGUGUUGUUCUAUAAGUAUGCUCGCAUGAAAGAAGUGGAAUUUAUUGAUAGUGAAGAUGAGGCUCCUCCAAAGGGUCCAAAGAAGAAUUUGUCUUAGUUAUCUAUUGGUUGUUGUUGGAAAUACUACUUUUUUUUAUGUAGCUUUUGUUUUUCUAUUACCAGAUUAUGUUCAUAAUCAUAGACAAGUUGUUGUUUCUGUCAUGUUUUUUUCUUAAUUGGAAUUGGUUUUUAAUUUGUUCAUAUUUUUGGAUUUUUAAUCUUUAUAUUUACUCUUAGUCAUGACAGCAUACUAUUAACAACCUUAUUACAACCAUCUGACAAACAACUAAAUUGCAUUUGUAAUCACUUUAUGUAGUUUAUUUUUUCUUCUUAUUAAUU